AUGUCUGCAAAGCGGCCUUGGCCGCCCGUAGAGACGCGGAGGGCCGAAAUAAACGCACCAUUGACCAUCCAGCCUACACCACACCAGCAUUGGCAAUUCUUCAACUGGUUGACAGCAAUACAACAAAACGAAUGGCCAACACCAGUCGUCCACCAGGAGCGCUCGUCGCGGAUCCGAGUCGAGCAGCGCGAUUGUCACGUAUCACACUCCAAGGCCGCACGGUCUCUUCGCAGCCAAUCCGGGAAUCCGACGCAGACUCCCUGUUCACUCAUAUCGGCGGAACCGACAAGUCCUGGCGGUGGGAUUAUAUGCCCGAGAGUCCCUGCGCACCGUUCCAUCGAGAUUGGCCAUGUCACGUACCUGCCUACCUGCAGCGGACAACAGCCGUCGCGCUACGCCUUUCGUGAUCUGGGAUACCGUCGCCUAGAGGGGAAAGGCAAUGAUUUAAACGACGCCUCGAAGAAAGCAGCGACGCGCUAUGGGUUCACCUUUGAAGGCUUGUCUCUCCGGCAUUAUCAUUAUAUCAUCACGGAUGCAACAGGGGUACAGCGUGGUUCUCGAUACCGGAUUCCAAAUGGGAGGGAGGGAACGCGUCUGCCUUUGAACAGUGCUUGGAUCCGCGCAAUUGCGACUCAGAGCGAAGACAGAAAAGGAUAA